UCACCAUCCAACAAAAAUGAAGAUCAAAGCUCUGACAAGGUCUUUGGAUGCCCAUACGGCAGUCAGGAAAGGCGAUGCUCCUAAUGAAUCACACAAUCUAGACCCAUCUCUCCAUCCUUUUAGCAAAUCAAGAGAAUAUACCCGUGCCGUCAAUGCGGCCAAAUUGGAUCGAAUGCAUGCUAAGCCUUUCGUAGCAGCAUUGGAAGGGCACGUUGAUGGAGUAUAUUGCUUAGUAAAAGACCCGAACAGGCUAGGAGUGAUUGGAAGUGGAAGUGGAGAUGGAGAAAUUCGAUUAUGGGAUAUGCCCACGCAAACAUUAAUGACAGCAUAUCCUAGGGCACAUCAUGGAAUCAUUUCAUCACUCGUUAUCUCACCUCUCAAUUUUGCGCAACAAUACGCAGCUGAAGGAUCGACAGCUGAUUCAAGCUCAAGAAGCGGCGGUAGAAGGCUUUUGAGUUGCAGUACAGAUCGUACUAUCAAACUUUGGGACGCCGAUCCAAGACGAGAUAGAUUCGGUCCUGGAUUCGGAGAUGACAGUGAUGAGGAAGAGGAUUCUCGUCAACAAGAGAGAGCAGGAAUUACUGGAGGCGGAAUAUUGGGUGGAAGCGAUCCAUGGACACAACAAAGCACAACACCCAGCACCGACCCUUUACAGACUUGGCAUUGCAAAACUGCAAUCAAUUCUAUAUCACAUCAUGCUUCUGAUCCAGUAUUCGCUUCAGGAUCUACUGCAGUACAAGUUUGGGAUAUAACAAGAGGUGGAAAUGGUAGCAGCUCGGGAGGCGGUGCAUUGCGAGAGAUGACUUGGGGAGCGGAAAGUAUCAAUGUGGUUCGAUUCAAUCCAAGCGAAAAAGAAGUCCUAGCAGGAGCUGGAAGCGAUCGUGGAAUUGUUCUGUACGAUCUGCGUAGUGGCAAACCCUUAACGAGAACUGUUAUGAAAAUGCGAGCAAAUGAUCUAGCUUGGUCACCUAUCGAGCCAACAGUAUUUGCCGUUGCAUCAGAAGAUCACAACAUGUACACGUUUGACAUGCGAAAUAUGACAAAUGCUUUGCAGAUCUACAAAGAUCACGUUUCCGCAGUCAUGUCAGUCGAUUGGAGUCCCACAGGUCAAGAUUUGGUCACAGGAUCAUACGAUCGAACGGUUCGUCUUUGGAAUACAGGAAAAGGAAAUCAUUCUCGUGAUACAUAUCAUACUUCACGUAUGCAACGUGUAUUUGCUGCAGCCUAUACACUUGAUGCCCGUUUCGUUUGUUCGGCAAGCGAUGAUGGUAACGUCCGUCUUUGGAAAUCUCGUGCAAGUGAAAAGUUGGGCAUUCAGUCUGGCAAAGAACGUGCUCAACGUGAAUAUAGACAACAAUUGGUCAAUAGAUGGCGUAAUGUGGGAGACAUUGGCAAGAUUGAUCGUCAACGCAGGGUACCUAAAGCAAUCAAGACUGCCCAAAAGCUCAAGCAUACCAUGUUGGAAGCCGAACGUACAAAAGAGGACAGAAGACGGAAGCACUCCAAAGCAGGUCAAAGCAAGCCAAAAGCAGCAAGAAAGGAUACCAUCUUGGCCCAGCAGGAAUAGAGUUGGUCUUAGGUGGUGGAUCGAUAUACUCAUUGUAUUUUUACACAUGCAUUCACUCAAUCUAUACGUAUCUAUUGAAAUCAUACACUAGCCCAACAAAGGUUCUGUUUCUUGUGGACUUUGUUCCUCGUCCUCAUCUUCUUCAGAGACAGCUUUGUUGCCAUACAAU